CACUGGAUAAAACACGAAAUAAAAAGACAUGGUCGAAGUUCAUCAAAAGUACCCGACAUUGGCAGAGUUGAUGGAAGAGCUUAAGAGAAUAACAGAUAUAGGCUUCCCAAUAGCAGCAAUGAGCUUGGUGGGUUACUUGAAGAACAUGAUCCUAGUGGUGUGCAUGGGCAGACUAGGUAGCCUCGAGCUUGCCGGCGGAGCAUUGGCGAUUGGGUUCACCAAUAUUAGCGGCUACUCAGUCUUAUCGGGUCUAGCCACCGGCAUGGAGUCGCUUUGUGGUCAGGCUUUCGGUUCGAAGAACUUGUUGGUCGCAUCACUCACUUUACGGAGAACGAUUAUGAUGUUGCUAUUCGCUUCGGUGCCAAUCGGAUUGAUAUGGAUUAACCUUGAACCUAUCAUGCUUAGCAUCAAUCAAGACUCCGGUAUAACGAAAGUUGCGAGCCUUUAUUGCCGGUUUGCGAUCCCGGACCUUAUAGCCAAUAGCCUUCUUCAACCUUUACGUAUUUACUUGCGUAGCAAGGGAAUGACUUGGCCUUUAAUGUGGUCGGCCUUUUUUUCGACCGUAUUUCAUCUCCCGAUCACGAUCGUUUUAACUUUCUACUUACGUUUAGGAGUCCCCGGGAUCGCUAUUUCCACCUUCAUCACCAGUUUCAACACCCUUUUCUUCCUUCUAUGUUACAUGUUCUAUAAUCGAAGUACUACGUCAACGGACUCAGACGAGUCAGUACUCAUGCCAUUGUCACCUCCUCCGUCUUCAACAGCUCUAAUGGGGAGAGAAUGGGGAGUUCUACUUCGACUUUCGAUACCGAGCUGCAUCUCGGUUUGCCUAGAGUGGUGGUGGUACGAAUUCAUGACGAUCCUAACCGGGAACUUAUCCGAACCCAGUGUGGGGCUCGCAACGUCGGCUAUCGUGAUACAGACAACAUCUCUAAUGUACACGUUGCCAACGGCGCUCAGCGCGUCAGCAUCGACCCGAGUCGGGAACGAGCUCGGUGCGGGGAGGCCGACCAGGGCGAAACUGGCGGCCAUGGUGGCCAUAGGGCUAGCCUUAGUGACCUCGUUUUUCGGAUUGAUAGGGACCAUAUUGGGGAGACAAGCAUGGGGAAGAGUUUUCACCAAAGAUAACCAAGUUCUGGAGCUAACCAUGACGGUAUUACCCAUAAUUGGGCUAUGUGAGUUAGCCAAUUGUCCACAAACCACGAGCUGUGGGAUAUUAAGAGGCAGUGCUAGGCCAGGGAUUGGCGCGACCAUAAACUUCUACUCGUUCUACAUGGUGGGUGCACCCUUGGCUGUGGUGCUGGGCUUUGUUUGGGGACUAGGGUUCGUGGGGCUCUGUUACGGGCUGUUAGCGGCUCAGAUUGCAUGUGUGGUCUCUAUCUUAACGGUGGUUUUCAAGACGGAUUGGGAAAAGGAGUCCCUGAAGGCCAAUGACUUGGUGGCCAAAAGUGAUCCUUUUGCACAUGCGGACCCAACCCUACUGACCAAAUGUUGAAGAUAUAGAGAAUAAUGUUUGAUUAAAUAAUCGUUUUGGUCCUUAUUUUUUUUGGGAGUAUAUUAGCCCCAACAUUUCAUUUUAAGAUAAAAAGAUCCCUCCAUGAAUACAAAUCGUUAGUUAACAAACGAUCGCCACUCUAAAAUAGGGGUCUUUUUGUCCUAAA